CCCGCCGCCUAUAUAAGCGCGGCUCCGGCCUCUUCCUCGUUAGUGCCGCGGUGAGUGUCGCCGGGGGAAGGUCGCUGCGGCCGCUUCCGCGCGCUACUCGGGCUGUGUGUGACCACUGCGAGCUAGAGCCGAGUGCGCGGGCCGGCCAUCAUGUCACGUUACGGGCGGUAUGGAGGAGAAACCAAGGUAUAUGUCGGUAACCUGGGAACUGGUGCUGGCAAAGGAGAGUUAGAAAGGGCAUUCAGUUACUAUGGGCCCUUAAGAACUGUAUGGAUCGCCAGAAAUCCUCCAGGAUUUGCCUUUGUGGAAUUUGAAGAUCCUAGAGAUGCAGAAGAUGCAGUUCGAGGAUUGGAUGGGAAGGUGAUUUGUGGUUCUCGAGUGAGGGUUGAAUUAUCGACAGGCAUGCCUCGGAGAUCUCGUUUUGAUAGGCCACCUGCCCGACGUCCCUUUGAUCCUAAUGAUAGAUGCUAUGAGUGUGGUGAAAAGGGACAUUAUGCUUAUGACUGUCAUCGCUAUAGCCGUCGAAGAAGAAGCAGGUCAAGAUCUAGAUCACAUUCCCGAUCCAGGGGAAGGCGAUACUCGCGCUCACGCAGCAGGAGCCGGGGAAGGAGGUCAAGAUCAGCAUCUCCUCGAAGAUCAAGGUCUGUGUCUCUUCGGAGAUCAAGAUCAGCUUCACUCAGAAGAUCUAGGUCUGGUUCCAUAAAAGGAUCGAGGUAUUUCCAAUCCCGUUCAAGGUCCAGAUCAAGAUCCAGGUCUAUUUCACGACCAAGAAGCAGCCGAUCAAAAUCCAGAUCUCCAUCUCCUAAGAGAAGUCGUUCCCCAUCAGGAAGUCCACGAAGAAGUGCAAGUCCUGAAAGAAUGGACUGAAGUUCUCAAGUUCACCCUUUAGGGAAAAGUUAUUUUGUUUACAUUAUUAUAAGGGAUUUGUUAUGUCUGUAAAAAUGUAACCUGGGAAGGAUCAUCAACCAUCUAAUCCAAAUGGAUCUGGGUUAUUGCUCUGUAUAAUUCACAGCAGUUAAAUAUUGUUUUUGUUGAAUGUAUUAACAUCUUAUGGUCUGAAAAUGUGGGUUUUUAUUUGGCACAUUUAAAUAAAAUGUUUCUAACUAGA